ACAAGAGCAAUCACUUCUCAUAGGCCAGUCACAACAUAACAUAUCUCCAUCUUCAGAUCUCUUCUGCACGAAUCUUGGGAACUUUUCUCUGGAGUUCGCUUGACCUCGCUUGCUUACAUCUGCGGUUUUCAUUGGAAUCCUCUUUAAAAAGACCAUCUUGGUACUGGUGUUUUGAGUUCGGUAUUUUAUGGUGAAUUGGGGUUGAAUGAAAAAGGUCAACAUGCCGUGGACUUCAUCUUUUGUGAAUUACAGCAGGAACUUGGUGGUGUUCUUUCGUGUUAUACUGUAAUUUUGAAUUUUUUCUGUUGUUGAAGUCACCAUAGUUUGCAAGAGAUAUUUCUAUCAAGCGUGUUUAUAACUAAAAUUGGUUGGAGGAAGUGAGAAUGUACAUUGCGGUAACGUUAAAGAGAUAUCGAGCAGUGAAGGACGUUGGGAAAAUUAAAAUGAGUGUUGGUGUUGUUGCAUAUUACCAGUUGGUGCAAGUUUGUCAGGCUGAAUAUUUCCGUCAGUUGCUUAAACCUGUCACGUAGUCUUCUAAUAUAAAGUUCUGGGAUAUUGGGACUUGGGAUUGACUAGUUGAUACAUGAGAAGGCAGUAGUAACUGUUGCUUUGGGAUAGGCGGCUCACUUGUUCUGGCAUGGCAAUAGUGUGAUUACUAGUAGUGGUAUUGUUUCUGUAGGAACCUUCAUCCGAUCGAUAAUUCGAGUUUUUUUAACUAAAAGGCGAAAAUCCUUCUUUCCUUACAUUUUUACAAUUAAGUAGACUUUAGAUGCAGAGAGACCAACAAUUUUACCCAAAAAAGGCAGUGCCUCCCUUUGGAAACUGUGGGGGUAACAAUUACAUGCAUAUUCCUGUUGCACCUGCCUUUGGUGCCAUUUUACCUCCGGCUGCAAAACCACCAAUGCCCUUCAAUGGUUUUGAAAUGCAGCCUUCUGAGGUUUGUCCUAAGAAUUUCAUUAUCUUAGAUCAAACUCGACACCAAAGUCAAAUUAUGUUCCAUCCUGCUAGUGCACACAAAUUUGACGGUCCUAGUUUGAAUUAUUAUGCAAAUUAUAUCCAAGACAUCUUUGCUAGGAAGGAUGUUACUGAUAUAAAAACAGAGAUGUCCUCUUCUCUAAAAGAGGAUUCAGAUGAUAUUGAUGCUUUGCUGAGCUUGGAAGAAGAGGAAGAAGAUUAUGAUGAGGAAGAGGUCAGCACAGCUCGAACUGUCAGAAAUUACAGAAAUAACUCCCCUGAUUCUGUUUCCAGUUAUGCUUCCGAACACCAGAAGAAUAAAUCAUCUUCAAAACUCAAUUCCUCUGGCAGCACUAGCAACUGUAACAUUGAGCUGAAACAACAGAAAAUGAAGAAGAUGGUGAAAGUAUUAAGGGGAAUUGUUCCUGGUGGUGACCAGAUGAACACUGUUACUGUUCUGGAUGAAGCUGUGAAGUACCUGAAGUCUCUAAAGGUUGAAGUACAGAAGCUUGGAGUUGGAAAUUUCAAGAACUAGGCUUGAUACCAUGCCUGGUAACAAUGAUUAGACACUUUUAUUUAUACAAGUUUGCAGUAUUCUAUUUAUGUUGUCUCCAUCUCCUCCUCGGCAGGUUGGCACAAAGGCAUUUGGAACUCGUGAUAUAGUUUUCAUGUUAAUUGGGUUUAUUGUGCCAACAAUAAAGCAAGGUUGUUGAACUUGAAACCCUUUGAUGUACUCUUGUUUGAUGGCUAGACUGGGAUUAUGCUAGGGAUUAUGUUGUGUAAUAUAAAUGCGCUUUAUCUAGUUGCCACAUAAAACCUGUAUGCUAUCUUGGUAUGUCUGGAAUAUUUUUAUGUAAUGAUGCCCAUUGUGGUUGUAUAUGCUUAUUCCAUAUUAUCAAGGUUUUGUGGUCCACAGCUGGUGAUGGAUCCCAAAUGGCUCA